CGAACGGCCUCUCUGGGACUGUUGGCUGUCCCCGUCCUAAAGGGGUGCCUAUUUUGGCUGCAGCUACCAAGUUAAAAGAGGAGGUGAUGAAGAGGCUGGGUGUGUGUGUGUCUCACAGUCAGAUCUCAUCUGCAGCAAGUGGAGCAUAUGACAGGCGGCUCCUGUGUGCAAGGAGAUGCCAGCCUUUUAGAAAAGAAAUGAGGGCCCAAGAGAGAGCAAACCCAGAAGACUUGUCCUCAUGGUGAUCUAGAAAGAGGGAGCUGUCACCCUUUCCUUUCCAAUCUGCUGAUUUCAGGGCAUCCUCGAGAGGUUCCUGUUCCCUGUAUGUGAUUGGAGGAUGAGCGAGCCACAGGGCCAGGAGCUCAGAGCUGAGUGCCCUGUCUGCUGGAACCCUUUCAACAACACAUUCCACACCCCCAAAGUGCUAGACUGCUGUCACUCCUUCUGCGUGGAAUGCCUGGCCCACCUCAGCCUGGUGACCCCAGCCAGGCGCCGCCUGCUCUGCCCACUCUGUCGUCAGCCCACCGUGCUGGCUUCAGGGCAACCAGUCACUGACUUGCCUACAGACACUGCCAUGCUGACCCUGCUCCGCUUGGAGCCCCACCAUGUCAUCCUCGAGGGCCACCAGCUCUGUCUCAAGGACCAGCCCAAGAACCGCUACUUCCUGCGUCAGCCUCGGGUCUACACCCUGGACCUUGGCCCUGAGCCUGGGAGCCAGACUGGGCUCCCCCAGGACACAGCCCCUGACACCAGGCCAGUGCCCAUCCCCAGCCACUACUCUCUCAGAGAGUGUGUCCGCAACCCUCACUUCCGGAUCUUUGCCUAUCUGAUGGCUGUCAUCCUCAGUGUCACCCUGCUGCUCAUCUUCUCCAUCUUUUGGACUAAGCAGUUCUUUUGGGGCAUGGGGUGAGUGCUGUGUGUUCCAGGACAAGGAGGAGAACCUUUCUCUGCAGUUGCUGGACCAGGAACUACAAAGCAGCCUUUGGUAUUACUUUUCUUGUAGUAUUGCUCAUUUUACAGCUCAGGGAUUGGCUAGGUCUGCUUAGGAGAACAGAGACGGCCCGACAGGAGGGGAAGAGCCAAAGAGCCAGGGGCCUAAUCACAAACUAUGGGGUCAUGGAGGAGAGAGAGGCAGUUUGAUGGCUACAUAGUGAGUUGUGCCAAAGGGCUGGACAGCACCACCCAGACAUCCGACUAGCUGAGAGCUCGUAGCAUCUUCCACUGGAGCAGUGUUGAGCUGUUCCUAUGUUGCUGGUAAUUCUGGAAAGCGUUUCAGUUCUGUCUGCCUGCCCGUGUGCUUGUCUCCCCUUUCAGCUUUUUCUGAUUCUUGCCAUCGUUUCCA